CGUGCCAGCGGGGCGGGCUGUGGCGGGCGGGUAAAUGGAUCGCCAUUCCAGCUACAUCUUCAUCUGGCUGCAACUGGAGCUGUGCGCCAUGGCCGUCCUGCUCACCAGAGAGCUGGUAGAGGAUUUUCAGUCUGAGUGUUUCCCCUUCUCACCGCAUGUUGGAUUCCAUGCAAAAUCUGGGGGAGCGCUUUCAAGCCUCAUAACUUCACAUUUGGGUUGGAGGACACUGAUUGGUUUGCCGGAAUUCACUGUGAAAUCAGAUGCUACUGUGAUGCUGCACACUGUGUUGCGACUGGCUAUAUGUGCAAAUCCGAGCUUAGCGCCUGCUUCUCCAGACUGCUUGAUCCUCAGAAUACACAUUCCCCACUUACUCAUGGCUGCUUGGACUCUAUUGCAAGCACAGCUGAUAUCUGCCAAGCUAAACAGGCACAAAACCACUCUGGCACCACCGUGUCCACAUUGGAAUGCUGUCAUGAAGAUAUGUGCAAUUACAGAGGACUUCAUGAUGUUUUGUCUCCUUCCAAGGGUGAGACUUCAGGACAAGGGAGCAGAUAUCAACAUGACAGCAAGAAUCUUAUCACCAAGGUACAGGAACUGACCUCUUCGAAAGAAUUAUGGUUCAGGGCAGCUGUAAUAGCUGUUCCUAUAGCUGGUGGGCUAAUUUUGGUGCUUCUUAUCAUGCUGGCCUUGCGGAUGCUCAGGAGUGAAAAUAAGAGACUGCAAGAUCAACGACAGCAAAUGCUCUCCCGUUUGCACUAUAGUUUUCAUGGACAUCAUUCGAAGAAAGGACAGGUAGCAAAAUUGGACCUGGAAUGCAUGGUGCCUGUAACUGGUCACGAGAACUGCUGCAUGACCUGUGAUAAAAUGAGACAUUCGGACCUCAGCAAUGAUAAGAUCCUAUCGCUAGUCCACUGGGGAAUGUACAGUGGACAUGGGAAGCUGGAAUUUGUAUGACCAAUUAUUUUUUUUAAUCUGAGCUAAACUUACUCUCCGAACUCUUGAAGGCCUUUGGGUUCUGCUGGACAGGAGCACUUUAUCUUAAAAGAAAAACUCUCAUAAAUCAUCUUUGAGAAACAAAGGACCUCUACAAACAGAAUCUUGGAUAUUUCUUCUGAAGGAUUCCAAAAGUUAUCUUAUUUGCACAGAAUAAAAUACACUCAAAUGUAUUGUUUGCUUUAAAGUUAUGAAAGCAAAAAUUAGAAGUUGUAAACACUGUCACCAGGGUUAUCUGAACUGUAGGGAGCUGAGAACUGAGUUAUUAUAAUAAACUCUAUGCAAGCUCCUAUGCUUCCUGACUUAUUGUAAAGAUUUUUUUUAAAUAUAUAUAUUUUGUCUGAAA